AUGCUCACGAAAUCGAGUCCCCAGGCGCUGGAGAAAGAGAUCUCUGAUCUCGAAUAUCGUCUACAGAAUGCCAAAGCUCGUCUAGCGGUGGCCUCCGGUCAGGAAACUGGCGGAGAUUCAUACUUGCCUCUUCCCCAGGGUAUGCGAAAGGAGUUACCAGACAUUGCGGCGACCACUGCUGACUUCUUUUUUCCAGAUACGGUCCCAUUACUUUCCAGUCAUGCCUUAUUUCUCCUAUCAGACUCUGCCCUCCCACUGGGUUCAUUUGCCUAUUCUAGCGGUCUCGAAUCUUAUCUCGCGCAUAAUAAACCCCUCCCUCCAAAGGUCACACCUACCGCUUCCUUCCACCGCUUUUUAAAACUAUCCAUCACAUCAAUGGCAAGCACGUCAAUACCAUACGUUCUCGCAGCAUACCGACAUCCAGAAGACCUAGAAACAUUGGAUAACGAUAUGGAUGCGUCCACGCCCUGUGUAGUGGCGCAGCGAGCGAGUAUUGCGCAAGGGAGGGCUUUGAUCGGUGUUUGGGAACGGGCAUUCCGAGGGACGUAUGCUUCUGGGCCAUUCUUAGCAGGCGGCUCUGCUGCCAAGGCGGUCGAGGCCAUUGAGGACUUCUCAGACGCCCUGAAGUCGUGUUCUGACACAGCAGAUGACUUGGGUCCCAAGGGUCACUUUGCACCCUUGUGGGGUAUCGUUUGCCUGGCUAUGGGCAUGGAUGCUCGCCAGACAGCGUAUGUGUUCAUGUUGAACCAUGCGAAGGCAGUCUUGAGUGCUGCGGUGCGCGCCUCCGUGAUGGGGCCAUAUCAAGCACAGGCUAUUUUAGCCAGUAGAGGCCUACAAGAUAUGAUAAUAGAACGGAUAGACCGAGAGUGGGAUACGCCCGUAGAAGAUGCGGGUCAAGUUGUACCUCCAUUAGACCUUUGGGUCGGACGGCAUGAACUCUUAUACAGCAGGAUAUUUAAUUCAUAA